AUGACCACUCUUAAUAAGUCAAUUGAAUUUCUAAGGCCUUUCCUUGACGUCAAGAAAAGCAGUAAACAGAAAACUCGGCCUCUUUUUAUAGGUCUAGAAGGUCCACAAGGCUCUGGAAAGACCACCCUAUCAAAACAGCUCGAUGCGAAGCUUUCUCAAUUGUAUCCGUGCCUUAGCUUUCUAACUUUUUCCAUGGAUGAUUUUUAUCUCACUUUCGAAGAGCAGAAUCUGUUAAUAGCAUCUAAUCAAGACAAUCCACUGUUGAAUGGUCGUGGUCUGCCAGGAACACACGAUGUUGAUUUGCUUAUCGAAUGCCUCGAGCGGCUUUCUACCCAGAAGACUGGCGUUGAUAUACCUGUCUACGACAAAUCCAAGUACUCUGGACAUGGUGACAGAUUGCCUUUCGAACAAUGGAUCCACAUAAAAGGGCCUCAAUUGGUGGAUGUAGUGAUCUUCGAAGGUUGGUUUAACGGAUAUCUGGUGUAUCCGAAUACCAGAAACUUGCUAAAAAAAUGGAGUCAAGUGAAGACAGAAUACUCUCCAGCGUUUGACAGGGUGAAAAAGGAGCAUGUCUUGAAAUUGAAUGGAGAUUUGGCAAAAUAUCAAUCAGUUUGGAACUAUUUCGAUGCAUUCAUCUGUAUUACCACCGAUAGCAUUGAAAAUGUCUAUAGAUGGAGAUUGCAGCAAGAACACGAUAUGAUAAAGCAAAAAGGAAGUGGAAUGACUGAUAAGCAGGUAGCUUGCUUUGUUGAUCGAUACAUGCCAGGGUACAGGCUUUACUUUGAUAACUUGACCGAGAUUAUGGCCAAGAUCCCAAGCUUAGAGGUGAAGAUUGCACUUGAUCGAACUCCCAUUGCAGUUCGAUUCUGCUAUAUUUGA